CGAUUAUGUAGAACACGCGACCAGACAACAAGAUCACUGGCUUUGCUCCAUUACACAGCGUUGCUACCUCAAGCCAACAAUGAAGUAGGAUUAGCACAUGCACGUGCUCCUCAAGCCGCUACUUCAAGCGAUUACACAGAGUGAUGCCCAAGCAAGUUCGUCGAACUUUCACUGCCUGUUGGACAUGUCGCCGCCGCCGCGUACGUUGCGACGGCUCACUGCCUAAGUGUUAUACGUGCGAGAGUCGCAUGAUACCAUGUGACGGAUACCGAGUUCACUUGGUGUGGGUAGAUCCGCGGACAGGAUCUUAUCCACCCCAUUCACGGCGAAGCCUGACUCCGGAAGACACAUGGGCAGAUGAACCCACCUUGGAUGAAGUCCAACUCGAUCACCUGGUCCAAACAGUCGAGAGUUCGAAAUGCAAAUGUCAGCUCCAUCGGACUUUUCAGAACCCUUUUAACGUCAUCCGUGCACAAAGAACAAAGCAAACCUUACUCACACCGCCAGUCUCACCGAGCCUUUCGAUAGACAAUCAGCUAGUUGCUAAGCCGCAGGGAGAUUGUCAACCGGCGGAGAACAUGCUCUUCCAUCAUUACGUGCAUCGAGUGGCAUGGCUUAUGAUUCCGAUUGACGGAGUCCGGAAUCCCUGGAAAUCUACAUAUCCAGCUAUCGCCCUUCAGAAUUCUUCUGCCGCCACAAGGAGCCUUUACCACGCAAUUCUUGCCCAAGCUGCAUUCAACCUUUCCAACUUGCACGCAUCUGACCCUGAUUAUUCCCGAGAGUCUCAUGAACACGGACUUAGACACUAUGGGAUUGCCUUGCGAGAGCUCCGAGAAAGUCUUGAGAUGCCGGCCCAGAACUACAAUGCAAGCGUAGGAGCUGUCAUCACGCUUGCAGUAAUUGAGGGCGUCUACGUCGCGAAGAAGCAACGAUGGCGACGCCAUUUUGACGGUGCUUCGGGCAUCAUCACGCAAUUCAUGCACGAUAAACCGUGGACAGAAUGCAGUGAUGCCUGGGUCAUCUCUCAGAGCCUGGCUUUGUCCUUUGAGGUCGGAAAGACAGGCUCCAAGACAGCUGACGGUUACUCUCCUCUCACUGGCGACCUUCUUGGGGCAGUCUCAGGUCAGGAGUUCUUCGGCUACACAAUCGGCGCAUACAGUAAAGUGAUCAAUUCCAUCUCAGCCAUUCGAUUGCUUGGGGAGGAGCUUUCGCGAGGCCAAGUGUCGGAAAAUUUGGAUGCGAGGGCUGCGCGAGUCCUGAAGGAUCUCUCAGACGUCACAGACGAUACAGCGCACAUUGAAGUCGAGGAAGUCGAGGAUGACCCCAAGUCUCCUUCUCGUCAAACCAACCGCCGAAGCGAGCAAGAACGUCGGGAAGACCGACUUUAUAAUCUACAUUUCAAGAUCUUCCGCAAUGCCGGCCUCAUCUAUCUUUAUCGCACCAUCUUUGAUGCAGCUCCCUAUGUGAUAGGCGAUUUCAUCACAGCCGUCUUGAGCGAUGCGAUGGAGUUUCUGGACCUGGAAGGGGGUAGUAUUUCGAUCUGGCCCGUUUUCAUUGCCGCAGUCGAGGCUUGCAAAGAAGAAGAUAGGGCUAUGGUUCAACGGUGGAUUGAGUUUUCUUGCAAACUCGGCAUCCAAAAUCGUCUUGUCGCACGCAAAAUCAUACAACAUGUCUGGGAGGCCAGGGACUCAGAGGCGUUAAGUCACGGACGCGAUCCAAGCGAGGUUGUUAUUGACUGGCGAGAUGUCCAGGAACAAUUAGGAUUUGAUAUCCUCCUUUUAUGACCUAGGUUAUACGGCGGUUGGGUUAUAGGUCUCAUGUCUAAGAUAUGAGUAAUUCUAGACUCCCAGAAAACGCACUUUGUUCCAAAGAACUAAGAAAAUGUCG